UCUAUGUAUCGGAUGAAGGCCUACGUUGCGCGAAGAGAGUACAGUUCAGAGUACUCUACAGUUUAUUGCAAACAAUAUAUUCCUAAGUCUAUUCUUCUGAAUCUAAGUCACAGAAGCUGUGGUUUUGCAUUUAUUGUGAUAAUGACUUCCAUGCUCGUCUUUGCAUUUGCGACCAAAUCAUGGAAAUGGCAUUCAGACUACUUUGGUAGAUCCAACGUGGGCCGUCUCCAUAGUUAGGCUCAUCACUGCGGGGAACCAAAUAAACUCCGAGGUGAAACUCGGAGUCUUGUUGCUGAAACA